UGAGCAGGGGGUUGGACUAGAAGACCUCCAAGGUCCCUUCCAGCUCUAUUCUGAUAGAUCGAAUAGGCAACAUCUGUGUCUAGAAAGCGGAUACUGCAAUUCAGCAAGCAGUCUCUGUGAUUGAAUUUAAAGGAGUUAAAACCAAAGAGUACUGCACUGCUAGAAAGGAUGGGAACAAGAGAAGGGCAAAGGAACUUCCUCUUCUGGAUCACUCAUGGGAGGAAGGAGGCGGGCGGAGAGGCUUUUGUGCUCUUCCAAGGAUCGAAGCAGCAGCUGGGAGGCAAAGAGGAUGGCAAUAAGAGCACUCUGGAUAACUGAGAAUAAGAAGCAACAUUGAAAGAAAAUUGACCCAGAAAUCAAAAUAUUUUGCAUUUCCUUCAGAAAGCCACAAUAUUCUCCUUUUCCAGCAGCUGAUAGGCAAAGGAGAGAAAAUUAAGAAAGAUUUCAAGCUGGAAUAACUAGAGCAUAUGGAACUCAAGGAUGAAUUACAUGAAAAGUCAAGGGAGAUUAUUCUUUAUUCAGUAAAAGAGGGAAAUAUCUGGAAGUCACUGGAUAGCAAAAAGUCACAUGGAGAGCCACCUACGGCAGACAGUGAUGCAAGCCGUGCUCUGGGAGGAAAAAAACAGCUUUAAUUACAAAACCCAUUAAAAAGGGAUCACACAUGUUUUUGACAUCCUCAAGGCUAUAAGUGGUGGAGAAGCUCCAUAGAUGUGCUUGCAAAUCACAGCUGAUUACGCAUGAGAGAACCUAUACAGGAGAGAAGCCAUAACAUUUCUCCAAAUGUGGUAAAUACUUUAUUGAGCACGGCAAUGUGGUGAAACAUCAGGGGACUGACACCACAUAUGAAUGCCCAGAUAAUGUGAAAGUUUCAUUUAAAAUUCCCACGUCAUGAGACACCAGAGGACUCACACAGGAGAGAAACAGUUCCAAUGUCCUGAUUCUGGGAAAAGUUUCAUUAAAAAUUCUGACCUGCUGAGACCCCAGAGGACUCACACAGGAGAGAAACCCUUUGAAUGUCCUGAUUGUGGUAAAGGCUUCAAUUACAAUUCCCACCUGGUAAUACACCAGAGGACUCACACAGGAGAGAAACCCUUUGAAUGUCCUGAUUGUGGUAAAGGCUUCAGUUACAGUUCCAGCCUGGUAAUACACCAGAGGACUCACACAGGAGAGAAACCCUUUGAAUGUCGUUAUUGUGGUAAAGGUUUCAGUAUCAAUUCCAACCUCGUGAAACACCAGAGGACUCACACAGGAGAGAAACCCUUUGAAUGUCCUGAUUGUGGUAAAGGUUUCAGUAUCAGUUCCAGCCUUGUGACACACCACAGGACUCACACAGGAGAGAAACCCUUUGAAUGUCCUGAUUGUGGUAAACGUUUCAGUAACAAUUCCAGCCUUGGGAAACACCAGAAGACUCACACAGGAGAGAAACCCUUUGAAUGUCCUGAUUGUGGUAAAGGUUUCAAUGACAGUUCCUGCCUUGUGAAACACCAGAGGACUCACACAGGAGAGAAACCCUUUGAAUGUUCUUAUUGUAGUAAAGGUUUCAGUGACAAUUCCAGCCUUGUGAAACACCAGAGGAUUCAUACAGGAGAAAAACCCUUUGAAUGUCUUUAUUGUGGUAAAGGUUUCAGUGAGAAUUCCAGCCUGGUAACACACCAGAGGACUCACACAGGAGAGAAACCUUUUGAAUGUCCUGUUUGUGGUAAAGGUUUCAGCAAUAAUUCCAGCCUGGUAACACACCAGAGGACUCACACAGGAGAGAAACCCUUUGAAUGUCCUCAUUGUGGUAAAGGUUUCCGUGACUGUUCCAGCCUUGUGAAACACCAGAGGACUCACACAGGAGAGAAACCCUUUGAAUGUCCUUAUUGUGGUAAAGGUUUCAGUGAGAGUUCCAGCCUUGUGAAACACCAGAGGACUCACACAGGAGAGAAACCCUUUGAAUGUCCUGAUUGUGGUAAAGGUUUCAGUGAUAAUUCCAGCCUUGUGAAACACCAGAGGACUCACACAGGAGAGAAACCCUUUGAAUGUCCUGUUUGUGGUAAAGGUUUCAGUGACAAUUCCAGCCUUGUGAAACACCAGAGUACUCACACAGAAGAGAAACCCUUUGAAUGUCUUUAUUGUGGUAAAGGUUUCAGCAAGAAUUCCACCUUGGUAACACAUCAGAGGACUCACACAGGCGAGAAACCCUUUGAAUGUCCAUUUUGUGGUAAAGGUUUCAGUAACAGUUCCAGCCUGGUGACACACCAGAGGAUUCACACAGGAGAGAAACCCUUUGAAUGUUCUGAUUGUGGUAAAGGUUUUAGUAAGAAUUCCGGCCUGACGAGACACCAGAGGAUUCACACAGGAGAGAAACCUUUUGAAUGUCCUGUUUGUGGUAAAGGUUUCAGUGACAAUUCCGACCUGGUAACACACCAGAGGACCCACACUGGAGAGAAACCCUUUGAAUGUCUUUAUUGUGGUAAAGGUUUCAGUAAAAAUUCCAGCCUGGUAACACAUCAGAGGACUCACACAGGAGAGAAACCUUUUGAAUGUCCUGUUUGUGGUAAAGGUUUCAGUAACAGUUCCAGCCUGGUGACACACCAGAGGAUUCACACAGGAGAGAAACCCUUUGAAUGUCCUGUUUGUGGUAAAGGUUUCAGUAACAAUUCCAGCCUUGUGAAACACCAGAGGAUUCACACAGGAGAGAAACCUUUUGAAUGUCCUGUUUGUGGUAAAGGUUUCAGUAAUAAUUCCGACCUGGUAACACACCAGAGGACUCACACUGGAGAGAAACCCUUUGAAUGUCCUUAUUGUGGUAAAAGUUUCACUACCAAUUCCAGCCUGGUAACACACCAGAGGACUCACACAGCAGAGAAACCCUUUGAAUGUCCUUAUUGUGGUAAAGGUUUUAAUGACAAUUCCAGCCUGGUAAAACACCAGAGGACUCACACAGGAGAGAAACCCUUUGAAUGUCCUGAUUGUGGUAAAGGUUUCAGGACCAAUUCCAGCCUGGCGAGACACCAGAGGACUCACACAGGCGAGAAACCCUUUGAAUGUCCUGAUUGUGGUAAAGGUUUCAGUGACAAUUCCAACCUGGUAACACACCAGAGGAUUCACACAGGAGAGAAACCCUUUGAAUGUCCUGAUUGUGGUAAAGGUUUCAGUAAGAAUUCCUACCUGGUAACACACCAGAGGAUUCACACAGGAGAGAAACCCUUUGAAUGUCCUGAUUGUGAAAAAUAUUUCAGUAAUAAUUCCAGCCUGGUAACACACCAGAGGACUCACACUGGAGAGAAACCCUUUGAAUGUUAUGAUUGUUAAAAAUGUUUCAGUACCAAUUCCAGUGUGGUGAGACACCAGACAACUCACACUGGAGAAAAACCCUUUGAAUUUCCUGACUGGGAAAAGUUUCGUUAGUAAUUCUCACCUUGUGAGACACCUAGCACUCACACAGGAGAGAAAUCCUUUGAAUGUCCUGACUGUGGGAAAACUUUCAGUCACAAUUCCAGCCUGGUGAGGAACCAGAGGACUCGCAAAGGAGUAAGGACCUACCCCAUUUUGCAUUUUAAGAAGACAGAACUCUUGGGAUAUUUCUUCCAACAGGCGUUUUUAUUAAGAGAAGAUGGUUGCAGGCGUUCUAGACAGGACCUGUGGCCCAAGCCCUCCCAUUCAAGGUUUUAAGUGGUCCCAAGCAGCCCCCCUACCCCACCGUCCUUCAAGCGACAAUCCCAGGAGUUACAUUUCCAUUCCUUUUUUCCUCAUGGUCGGCGGAAGGGAGACUUCAGAGAGGAAUAUAUGAAAGGUGAUGGGCCCUAUUGUUAUGGUUAGUCCUUUUGGUGAUAUCCACAUUCAGUCCCUUUGAAGUUGUAACAAAGGAAGUGAGAGCCCUAAAACCCUUUUGCUCAUCCCCCUUCCCCUUCGUAGUAUGACAGAAUCCAGAGAGGGCAGAAAUGAGGUUUUCCAUAGUUGAUAACUAGAGAUGAAAUAUAAUUUGAUUCUGACAUCCUGCCCCCUUAAAAAUAAG